AUUAUCUGAACCAUCCUUUAUUGCAAAACAUGAAGAUAGUUUGUUUAAGGAUUUAUUUCACGACUACGAAAGAUGGGUUCGUCCUGUGGAGCACCUGAAGGAUAAAAUAAAAAUAAAGUUUGGCCUUGCAAUAUCUCAGUUAGUGGACGUGGAUGAGAAGAAUCAGCUAAUGACAACAAAUGUCUGGCUGAAACAGGAAUGGAUAGAUGUAAAAUUAAGAUGGAACCCUGACGACUAUGGUGGAAUAAAAACUAUCCGUGUCCCUUCAGAGUCCAUCUGGACACCAGACAUCGUUUUGUUUGAUAAUGCGGAUGGACGUUUCGAAGGGACCAGUACAAAAGCCGUCGUCAGGUACAACGGCACCGUCACAUGGACACCGCCAGCGAACUACAAGAGUUCCUGUACCAUAGAUGUCACGUUUUUCCCAUUUGAUCUACAAAACUGUUCCAUGAAAUUCGGUUCCUGGACUUACGAUGGGUCACAGGUUGAUAUAAUUCUAGAGGACCAAGAUGUGGACGAGAGAGAUUUUUUUGAUAACGGAGAAUGGGAAAUCGUGAGUGCGACAGGGAGUAAAGGGAACAGGACCGAUAGCUGCUGCUGGUAUCCGUACGUCACUUACUCCUUCGUACUUAAGCGCCUUCCCCUCUUUUACACCUUGUUCCUCAUUAUCCCCUGCAUUGGGCUCUCAUUUUUAACCAUACUUGUCUUUUAUCUUCCUUCAAAUGAAGGAGAAAAGAUUUGCCUCUGCACUUCUGUGCUUGUCUCUUUGACUGUCUUCCUUCUGGUUAUUGAGGAGAUCAUACCUUCAUCUUCAAAAGUCAUCCCUCUGAUUGGAGAGUACCUGGUGUUCACCAUGAUCUUCGUGACGCUAUCCAUUAUGGUGACUGUCUUCGCCAUCAACAUCCACCACCGUUCUUCCUCCACACACAACGCCAUGGCACCUUGGGUUCGCAAGAUCUUUCUUCACAAGCUUCCUAAACUGCUUUGCAUGAGAAGUCACGCAGAUAGGUACUUCACUCAGAAAGAGGAAGCUGACAGCAGUGGCGGACCAGCAUGUUCUAGAAACACCUUAGAAGCCGCACUUGAUUCUGUUCGCUACAUUACGAGACACAUCAUGAAGGAAAAUGAUGUCCGUGAGGUUGUUGAAGAUUGGAAAUUCAUAGCCCAGGUUCUUGAUCGGAUGUUUCUGUGGACUUUUCUUUUGGUUUCAAUUGUUGGAUCUCUUGGGCUUUUUGUUCCUGUUAUUUAUAAAUGGGCAAAUAUAAUAAUACCAGUUCAUAUUGGAAAUGCAAAUAAGUGAAGCCUCCCAAAGGGUUGAAGUAUAAACUGAGUUACCAAACACACAUAUAUCUUAUGGCAUCUAUAAUAUUAUGAAAAUGUAAAUUGUGUUUAAAUUUGAUGCAAGCUUUAACAGAUGAAUAGCAGCUAACCAUUGAUUUAUGUUACUAGGUCAUCCAUUAGGACAUCUGUCUGUAUGACUGAAGAAGUAAUUGAUGGAGUAACAUUUGAUCUUCUAAAAAUAGCAUCAAAAUAUUAUCCAAACUGUAUUAGUGAAAAAUCUAAUAUGCAUAUCCUGGCAAAUACUGAUUUGUAACCAGUGAAGUUCAUCUUUUGAUUGUGUUGGAAAAUUCCAGUUGUAUCUGCAGACUGAUUUUAAAAUUUUUAUCCCACUUGGUAAAUAUCGCAUUUUAAAAUUAUUUUUGUCCUGUAUUCACUGAGUAACAGCUAAUCUUUAGUAUGAUAUUAUACUGCUAUAUU